CGAAGCCCACAAUAAUCAUUUUGUCCUCUCCUUUUCUGCGUUCACAACCAGUCUACCACUAUUCCUGAAGUCCAAACUGGACGGUUGGACCCCUACCAUUUUCUUUCAAUUCUUCCACAACGACGCGCAUGGACGAUAGCGUUUAGUUAUCUUGAAUUUCCAAGUUGUACAAUUCUUCCACUCCUUCCUCUCCCCACAGGAAAUUGUUUUAACUUCUAGGUAUUUGUAUGUCUGAGGUUCCCCCCCCCCCCCCCGGGGGCGGGUGAAAAAUGACGUUGACUCGGGUUAGCGGUUCUCAGCGCCGCUCCACGAUGCUUCCUUGCAUCUUCUUCUUGCAUUAUGGUCAAUGUUAUCGUUCUUUUUCCCUAUAAAAGCCUUUUGAGCCGAGUGGUUCUUCUCACGGAAUGUCAAGUUAGUUUAUUGGGGGUUUUGAGUGCUGCGACUCUGUCAUUGAUUAAUUUUCUUGAUUAUUUGGAUGGUAUCUCAAAGGAAAUCUCAUCAGCCGGAGGGUAAUGGCGGGGAUCAUCCAGUUCCAAUUCGAGAGUCAAGACGAGGGAGAAAUGGUGAUUCAAGACAACCUCCCAUCAGCGGCCUUGAAAAUAUUAUAAACGGAUUCUUGAAGAAAGACCUGGAUUCCUGCUUGGAACCUUUCCUGCGAAGACUGGUGCGAGAAGAGGUGGAACGCAAAAUACGGGAAUACCUGAUUCCAAGAGCAUCGCCUUGUCAGGGUGGCACAUCUGGAGCCAAACCCUUAGAGUUGCGUUUUAUUAACAAACCGCCUGAAACAAUAUUCACGCUCUCUAACGUAAUAGCUGAGGACGAGGAGACACCGCUUCAGAUUGCUCUUUUUGAUGUUAGAUCUCAAUCUGUAGUGAGCACUGGUCCUUUGUCCUCUACAAAGGUAGAGAUCUUCGCCCUCAAUGGUGAGCUCUUUUCCCAAAGGUGUGAGGAUUGUACUGAAGAAGAAUUCAAUGCAAAUGUCCUAACCCAAAGGGAGGGUAAGGAGCCAUUGCUGAAUGGAGAUCGGAUCCUAACUCUUAAAAAUGGAGUUGGUUGUAUCUCUAAAAUUAAGUUCACUGACAACUCGAGCUGGACAAGAAGCAGAAAGUUCAGCUUGGGAGCCAAAGCUUUGCAACUAACUUCCUGUGGAGCAAGCAUCAAGGAAGGUGUAAGUAAACCUUUCGUGGUAAAAGAUAACAGGGGAGAGCUGUACAAGAAACAUCACCCCCCGCAUUUGGAAGAUGAUGUAUGGCGUUUAGAGAAGAUAGCCAAAAAUGGUAUAAUUUACCGGCGACUAUGUGACCAUGGAAUAAGGACGGUCGGGGAUCUUAUGCGGUCUUACAUCAUUAACCCAUCUUCAUUGCAUGAGAAAGUUGGCAAAAUUCCCACGAAGUCAUGGGUGGCAAUUACUGAACAUGCGAAGGAAUGUGUUAUAGAUGAUUACAACCUUUACAUGUAUCAUGCAGCAGAACAACCAGUGGGCCUGCUCUUCAAUUCCAUUUACAUCCUUGUAGGAGUGACGUUUGAUGGUCAAAACUAUUAUUCUCCAGAUGCUCUCGCACCCAAUGAGAGGGGUUUGGUGGAAAUGAUGAAGCAGCAUGCUUACAAAAAUUUGGGUGAUUUGAAAUCAGUUGGUGAUCAGACACAUUUAAAUUUUCCAAGGUCACGGACAUAUCUACAAGCUUGGCAGGCUAGUGGUCCAGAUCAAGGUCUCCAGCAGCUUAAUUUCCCAAUUGCACAGCAAGCUCAAAUUGAAACAUGGGCAGGUUCUUAUCAACCAUAUGCUGUUGAAGGAAUGCAAAAUGACCAAGUAUAUGCCAGUCCAUUUCCAGACUUGGCUCCGAUGCUGCAGAACAGUUCAGCAGAAGGUGAAUUGUUCCCUGGAAUGCAAACUGAUGGGCAUAGUUGGCCCCAUAUUGGAUCAACUUGGACAGAAUACGAAAACCCACAUAUUCAAUCCACAAAUUGGGGGCAAGAAAAUGGGUUACACUUCAAUCCAUAUGGUGGAGCAGAGCUUGGCAGUCUUUCUAACGGGGGUAUAGCCAGAAGUGAGAAACCAAGAGCAGUGUGGUACAAGAUUCGUACCGCUCUCAAAUGGGUCAUAUCAGUUAGAAGGGAUGCAGUUGCUAGGAGGAUGGCAAAGCUAAUUUACUAUAACUAUUAGAAUUAUUAGGCUGAUUGUAGUUCCCUGGAUGUCUUGGAACUAUGUUGGCUUCUUUUUAUUCUUCUUAUUAUUAUUUUUUCAUUGUCAAUUGCAAGGAAGAGAACCAAGAGGAUGGAGUCCUUGUAUACAUGGUGUCAAAUGUAUCUGUGUACACAUUGUUGUCCUUUUACUCCUUGUAAGUACGUCCUGUCAAUACUCAAUAGAGUAGUUCUGAAGUCGUUGAAUAAAGUUUUUGCUGAUGAUUUUUCUUGUAAAAGCCUUUCGUGCGCAAACAUCAAUGUGAAAAAAAGUUCUUUUU